CUCCUCUCUCCUCUCUCUCCUCUCCCCCUCUCCCCCUCUCCCCUUCCUUCCCCUCUCCCAUUCUGGACAGACAGCCGUUGUCAUUUAUCUGCUGUCCUCUUCUAUCUGCGUCUAUCAUUCAUAGCAACACUCUCUCACUCUCGACUUCUUCAAUUUUCGUCGAGGCGCAGAGGAACUCGUCCUUCUGCUCGUCAGACCUCUUCUGCUUCUGCUCCCUCUGGACUCUCGUCUCGUCUCUUCCUCUCCUCUCCUCUCCUCUCUCUCCCAUCCUCUCCUCUGCUCUGCUCUCUUCUCCGAGCAGCUCUUCCAUUCCAAUCUGCACGGAAGAAGAACGCCCUCCCUCCUCGAAGGAUCAAUCACAUUCCCACCGACCCAGACAACCAACUGCCUUCUUCAUUCAGCUCGCAUUUUGGGGAUUCAUUCACUCCCUGAUCUGUGUGAAGAUCGUAGCGCACGGUGGGAACUGAAAUUGUUCUGAAAGGACGGGUUCGGCAAAGGUAGCGCACGCAAACAAAAAAGAUAGUCGAGCAGACAGUCUGACGCUCGAGCACGAGCGAGCGAGCGAGCGAGCGAGUGCACGAGAGGAAAUUUAGAGACAGACGCGCAGACAGACAGCGAAGCGAAGCGAAGGAAGAAAAACAAUAAUAGACUGAUAGAAGAUUUGAGUGCCAAUUGGCGCCAGCCUUGUGUAUAUCCCUGUCGAUUUCAAUCUUCUCACAAAGUCCCAAGUGACUUCUGCGACAUGUUGGCAUACUUCCGUGCUAUUCAAUCGCCCUUUGCCAUCUUCAGCUCAUGCUUCACUAGCUGCUACCAUCUGCACAUUGAUGUCACCAAGUGUGAUGUGCAACGGGUGACGUGCAGCCCGCUCUUGUUCAUGGACUGAAGCUCAUCCUCGUGCACUCUCACUCUCUCUCUCACUCUCGCUGUUGGAAUUGAAAGGUCCCUCGACCUCUCGUUCGAAGUCAGCUCGAUCUCCAACAGCAGCAGCAGCAGCAGCAGUAGUAGUAGCAGCAGUAGAGGCAGCGGCAGCGUCCGCCGCCAUCCACCAUUCUUCGUCAGCUCUGACAGCAUUGCAAGGUGGAUUCGAGAAGCGUAGCGCCCAAGACACAGAAUUGGCUUCCCGGACAAGCUCGCGAAUUCGAAUCUCUGGCGACUGAGGGAAGCGUCGUCGGGUCGAGCUCGCCGGCCUCAGUUCGCGGCAAGAUAACUGGGAAUAUAUAUUCUGUCGUCGAGGAGGGGCGAAGGUCGGGCAGAUUGAACAGUGCAUAUGCAAGAUGGCUCAAUGUCAGGCUCAAACUAAGAAGAUUAGCUCUAGCCGAUUCGACCUCUACGGGGACAUAUUCAGCGGUCAUCUCUACGGCACCUCCGGGCCAAAUGGGAACCUAGAUCGUCUGCAGAGGUACAGCUCCGACUUCAGCGAGCGCCGUCUGAGCAAUAGAGACAUUGCGCCCAAUGGUGGCUUUCGAGACGAGGUGCUCAAGGCUAGUCGCAAGGUAGAAGCGCAUGCCCCCAAUCCCACCCCUGCUGCUGCACCUGCUGACUACGGGCACUCCAAUGGGGCGAAUUCGGAUGCCAAUGUCCGCGAGUGCAGGUGCUCGGAUCGAGCAGCAGCAGCAGGCCACCAUGCCAUCCCGGAUGCUGCAGCAGCAGCGAUGGCAGCGCCAGGCGUCGUCAAGGCAGUGUCGACGAAAAGCCCUUCGUCGGCGGCGCAAGCGCCCAAGGAAAUCAACAACUACCCGGCCACUCCGUCGACGCCAUCCUCCGGGCGCCACAACAACCUCAAGCACAGUGGCGAAGUGGCAACCCCACCAUCGUCGGGGCGCAGCAACAAAAACAGCGGAGAGAUGUCGACGCCGCCUCCUCCGCCUCCGGCUUCCUCUGGGCGCAACAAGAACAGCGGAGAACAGACCACGCCUCCACCUUCGGGGGGCCGCCACCACAUUCGAGCGCACAGUGGAGAGCAGCCGAGUGAUAAGAGCAUGAAGCCCGUGGAUCCAGGAUUCGCUUAUGGCGAAAUCCUCAAGGGCGUCGGGAACCUGAACUCGUGCGAUGAUUCCGUCGUGCCCAAUGGCAAAUCGAGCGGCGACUCGGGGUCCAGCGGCCGAGGCCGAGCCGAGAGCCCCAAGUCGUGCUCCAGCUCCAGCGGCGGGAGUUCCUCCGGUGGCAGCCCGACCGUGGGCAGAAUCGUCAAUUUCGGCAACAUUCUGCCGAGCGGCGGAUCGCUCAAGGUCGGGAACUCGUCGCCCGUCUCGCAGCCGAGAAGCAAUGGGAUGAUGGGCCAGAGCCGCAGAUCGAACUCCGCCGACUUCCCCUCGGGCAACUUGAAGAAAUUGCACGCGGCCAACAGCAGCAGCAGCAAUGGUGGCAAUGGGGUGUACACAGGUGGGCUCAAUGCCAAGGGCUCGAUGUCGAAUACCACGAGCCCGACCGGAAGCGUGGGCACUGUGAAUCCGUCGCAGCCAUUGCCCAGCAGCAGCAGCAACAACGACAGCAGCGCGAAUGGCAAAGCGGAGCUCAUCAAGAAUGCCAUCGCUAGCAUGGAUGCCGAGGAGCUCAAGAACACGGGCAACGAGCAGUACAAGAAGGGCCAUUUCUCCGAAGCGCUCUCGCUCUAUGACAAAGCCAUCGCCCUCGCGCCCGAGAAAGCGCCCUACCGCAGCAACAGGGCUGCCGCCCUCACGGGCCUCGGCCGCCUCCCCGAAGCUCUGCACGAGUGCCUCCAUGCCAUCCGCCUCGAUUCCGCUUACACCCGCGCCCACCAUCGCCUCGCCUGCCUCUACCUCAGGCUCGGGCAGAUCGACAGCGCGAGGCGAUAUUUCAAGACGGCGGGACCGCAAGCGGAUUGGGAGGACACUCAGCGCAUGAUGGUGAUCGAGAAGCACCUGCUGCGGUGCAUUCAGGCGCGCAAGAACCACGACUGGAACGUCCUGGUGCGCGAGACCGACGCCGCCAUCAUCGCCGGCGCUGACAGUGCUCCGCAGAUUCUCGCGUACAAGGCCGAGGCAUUGUUGAAGCUCCACCGACCCGAUGAGGCCGACGAGGUGUUCGCAAACGUGCGCAAGGUCGAGGAAGUUCUGAAGCGCCAGUCGUUCGCCGCCAUCAACAUCGUCGUUCUGAUUAUUCAAGCGCAGAUGGACAUGGCCAUGGGCAGGUUCGAAGCGGCGGUGCUGGCAGCAGAAAGAGCAUCGCAUUAUGCUCCGAAUGAUUUCGAGGUGGCUGCUGUGAAGAAGAGGGCCCGAGCUGUGGCAGCUGCGAGAAAGCUGGGCAAUGACCUUUUCAAAGCCGGGAGGUUCUCGGAGGCCACCACGGCCUAUGGCGAAGGCCUCGAGGCCGAUGUCGAGAACGCUGUGCUGCUCUGUAACCGAGCAGCAUGCCGUGCCAAGCUCGGACAGUGGGAGAAGGCCGUCGAGGACUGCAACGCAGCCUUGGACGUGCAUCCCACGUACAUCAAAGCGCUCUUGAGACGCGCUCAGUGUUUCUUCAAUCUGGAACGUUUGGACGAUGCCUUCAGAGACUACGAGGUGCUGAGGAGGGAGAUGCCUGGCGAUGUCGAGGUCAGGCGGGGUCUUUUCGAUGUCCAAGUUGCCCUGAAGAAGUCCAAAGGCGAAGAUGUGUUCAAGAUGAGGUUCGGAGGAGACGUCGAGAAUGUGACUAGCAACGAGCAAUUCCAGGAAGCGAUCACCUCCCCAGGUGUGUCAAUUGUCGAAUUCAGCACAAGAUGGAGCCAGCGGUGCAAGAACAUCGCUCCCUGCGUCGAUAAUUUGUGCAAACGUUAUCUUUCGCUCAAUUUUCUGAAGGUGGAUGUGGACGAUCUUCCCUACUUGGCAAAGUUGGAGAACGUCAACUUCGUGCCGACAUUCAAAGUUUAUAAAAAUGGCUCGAAAGUUCUGGAGCUGUGUGGACCGAACGAGCAAGCCCUGGAACGGGCCGUGAUUCACUACAGCCUGUAGAGAUUGUUUUACAUUCCAUUCUUCAUGUAGGGUUUUCAUAUUAGAGAAUAAGCGAGCCUUAUGCUUGCUCAACCUUGUAGGUAGACUAUAAAUCUAUUAAGAAGUCUGGGGACUUUUUGUAGAGUCAAACGCUGGUCAAUGACUCCUAUGUUAUAGGAUUCGUAGAUGAUUCUUACCUCUUUAUGUAGAGGGGGUGAUGUAGACUAGAAUAGGCUAGAUCGAAGAUUCAGUAGAAGGCAGAAGAGGAUCCUCGAAUUGUAAAAUGUGCAGGUAGUCAUGACACCCUUCUGAGAGCCGGUCACAAACCAGGCCAUACUUCUCGCCAGCUCUCUUGAAAAAAGUAGGUACUCAAAUGUAGGGAAUUUGACAGCCAGAUCUCUUGUAUACACCAUGGAUGCUCGCUGUAUGUCUGUCUGUGGCAACUUCUGCAAAGAUGUUGAUGUUUCUUUGCAGUCAGUGUGCAGUAGUAGCUCCGCCCACUUCCAGGAACAAAGUACAUAGCUAGACUCUCAUGUCUUAGAUUAGAAGUUGAAAAGAAACACCUCUCAAAGAGAGAGUGUCGCAAUGCUUGACCUGCAUUCCGGAAGCAUUUUUCGCUGCAAAUUCUUACUUAUCCCGAUCAUCCGCACCGUCACUUCACGUCACGUCAUAUGCCAGUCCAUUGAUUCCGCUCGCUUGUCAUCUGUAUAGCUCAUUCAUUCAUUCACUCAUUCAUUCAUUACCCCCAUGUAGCUCUGCUCUCAUCUCA